UGGGACCUGGAUGGGACGGACACCGCACACCAUGCGCUCUGUAAAAGACUCAGAUCUGCCUUCUCUAGGGGCUUGGAAGAGAACCCCAGGCCAGGUCACAAGAAUCAUCUUGUCCUGGUUGACACUGACCACAAGGAUCCAAGAAUAUCAAAACAUUUAAGAGUCGGCCCUGGGGUACCAUGCUAGGCAGCUUCAAGAAAAGCUAAAAGAAAAGACUGAGGCAGACAAUCUAGCCACGACGAAAAUGACGGCAGGACUCGCCCGCCGAUUUCCAUUGUAACGCUCCGGGCCACCCUGUGACCUUCGUGGAAGGAAGUUGGAGGAUUCUCUCGCUUCCCUGGAAAGGCAACUCCGCGCGGGCUGGGUGAAGAGAGACCCGGCCAGCGGCGGCUAUGGCGGGGCAUAUCAAAGGCUCACAUUUCCGCUCUCGAGCCGGGGACCCGGGCCGGGACCGCAGCACCUUCCGGGCCGGGAGUUCAAGGUGAGCCGGGCUCCCGGCGGCCAACAGGUAGGGAGGGCUGGGGAAAGCCGGCCCGGGCCACUCCCCCGGCACAUGUUGGGGGCGAGGCUCGGCCUGGCGGAGCCGCCACUUGCACCCCGCGCGCGGGGCCCGGGCGGAUUUGCGCCAGGCUCCGGGCGGCCCCGCGGCCGCUCCCCGCCGGGCCAAGCAGCCCGCGCACCCCGGCCGGGUUUCCCGGGAGCAGCCCGGGCACCGUCAGUGCCCCAGGCCGCGCGCUGCAGCCGCGCCCCGCCGAGCCCUCCAGGGCCCUGCCAGACCCCCUGCGCCCCGCCGAGCCCCGCGCACACUCACCCAGCGACAGGAGCGCCAGCAGCAGCGGCCUCGGCGCCAGGCGCCCCAUGCUCGCCCGGCGGGAGCGACUCUCCCCCUCCUCCUCCUUCCCCGCCGCCUCUCCUCCUCCUCCUCCUCCAGCUCCGGCUGCUCCAGAGUCGGAGCUCCUCCGCCUGGGCCGCGCGCCUGCUCCGCUCUCCUCGCGAGCCGAUAAAUCCCAGCGCUGGGGCGUACGUGCGCCCCUGGCUCCGCUCGCUCCCUCCCGCCUCCUUCCCUCCCUCCUCCAGCCGGCGGGGCCCGGGAGCCGGCCCCGCCGAUCCGAGUGUGCAGCCCCGACCGCUUCCCGAAAGCAGAAGGGAAGAACCGCAGCGCCCGCCCGCCCGCGCCUCCCAUCCGGCGCUUUGCCAGCAACAAACACAAACUUUCCCAAGCCCCUCCCCGCUCCAGGUAACGGAGGAAGCGCCGGGGCCACCCGCUUAAAGGCGAGGAGGCGUCGGAGCCCACCCUGCCUUCCCCUCUAGGCCCCCACCCCACGAGAAACUUUCCUCCGACCUUUAAAAGUUGGCCUGGGAAAGACUCGUCUGGAAAUCCCUUCGCUGUAGCCCUAUCCCGGGACACCCCGCGUUCCAUCACGCUGGAGUCACCCACGCGUGUCUAGUCUAUCCUCAGUCAACUCCCCGCUCGUUCGGCCUCUCGUCCUGAGCUAAACACCCCACCAACCAGCCGCUUGGCCUAUGCCAAAAAUUACGCAAAUGGGAGCGAAGGAGCUGAAAGGACUUUUGAAGGCCACGGAUUCCAACGUCUACCAAACAGAGGCCUUAAGUGUUUCGGUGAGGUGCCCAAGGAUUCACAGGGAAGGGGCAAAAUCAGAACCCCGCUCUCCUGACUGCCCACUCCCCGAUGGUUUGGGUGGGCCUGCCUCCUCCUUACCCAGCACCCUCCCUCUCCUCGGCGCAUGUGGCACUGAUUAGAACGGCUCCCCACAAAGACACCCAUUUAAAAAACAAACAAAACCCAAGUGUAUUAAUAGCUCUAGUACUUCAUAUAGAAUGUACUCUUAAGACUUCAUAUUUAUUGCUCUAAGUGGACACCACUGGUUGCCAAUAAAGACUCAUA